GGUGCAGUCAUAAAAGCAUGGCAUCUAGUCCCCGCCAAAAGCUGAAAACUGCGUAUAAAAAAGGUCGCGUUAUUUCUCCUUUGCACACUUCUGGUCCUGUCGCAAUCACCUCAGAUGGAUUUAAGCUACUUACAUGUGUCGCAGAAGAGGUUAUUUUGACAGAUAUAUUUUCCGGAAGCGAAGUUUGUCGUUUCUCAGGAGACACACAAUCGAUCACCUCGCUAUGUGUAACACCAUCAUCUACACAUGUUAUGGUAUUCACAUCCACACCAUCACUUCGCAUCUUUGAAAUACCAUUUUCUGUCUCUACUAUUGGAACUGUACAUCCCAUACGAGUCAUAGCUCGUCCUCAUGAUGCUCCUGUUCAUGUGUGCAGGGCUGAUCCUACCUCGAUUUAUUUCGCUUCAGGUUCCGCGGAUGGUGUUGUGAAGGUGUGGGAUAUACUUCGUGGUCAUGUUACACACAUUUUCAAAGGACACGGUGGUGUAGUAAGCGCCCUGGUUUUCAAUAUCCCUCGAAACCCAUCGCUGGUCACUAGUGUCAGAACCAUGCAGCUUAUAACUGCUUCCGUAGACACCCGGAUUCGUAUGUUUGACUUGACCGCGACGGUUAAUAAAUCUCCAAGCAGUAUACGUCCCUUCGCGAUUCUGGAGGGCCAUUUAUCCGUCCCGCGAGGUCUUGACGUGACCGAAGAUGGCAAAUGGCUUAUUAGCGGAGGAAGAGAUGCAGUUGUCUUAAUUUGGGAUCUAGUAAAUGAGCAAGCAACUUCGAAGGGAAAACACGGCUUGAAAGGGAAAGGAAAAGAAAUGUUGUCUGUUCCUGUUCUUAUCAACACAAUCGCUGUUUUGGACUGCGUAGAGGCAGUGGGACUACUUGAUCUCGGUGAGUAUGUGGGGCACGACCCAAAUACGAGUCAACUACGACUGUAUACGGCGGGAGAGAAAGGAGUUGUUAGUGUCUGGGACGGAAAAAACGGAAACCUACUUUUUUCUCUCGAUAAAGGAGACCGCCAAACGGAAGACCAAGAGGAGCAAAGGCAAAUAGUUGACGCAUUCUACGUGCCUGCAACAUCAACCAUUGUUUCUGUUCACGCAGAUCAAAAUAUACUUUUCCAUUCGCUAAUAUCUCGUCGUCUUGUCCGUCAAUUCGUAGGCUUCAAUGACGAGAUUGUUGAUGCUGCCUUCCUUACUCCAACACCUUCAGUGGAAUCCACACCGGUAGACACUCAUAUCGCCUUUGCCACAAAUUCAUCCCUUAUUCGUGUUUACUCGACCUCUGGAUUAGACGCCCGUUUGAUUUCAGGGCACUCAGAGAGUGUACUGUGUCUUGAUCGGGGUGCUGGAGGGCGUGUUCUUGUCAGUGGAAGUAAAGACCGCUCAGCAAGAAUAUGGGCGGUCCCAUGGUCCGGUCAAGAAAAUCCAAGCGACAAGGACGGCCAAUGGAGGUGCUUAGCGCUUUGCGAGGGCCAUACCGAAAGUGUAGGAGCUGUUGCCAUGUCGCGGAGCGAAGGCGGGGAGUCUACCCUGCGGUUUAUGUUUACAGGGAGCCAGGAUCGCACAAUCAAGAUGUGGGAUCUAUCAGUUGUGUCUAUUACACAUGACAUAAAUUCUGCCGCAGAUGACAUGAUAAAAUGUAUGAGUCUUGCGACAUACAAGGCCCACGAGAAAGACAUCAAUUCACUGGACGUCUCUCCAAAUGACAAAUUACUUGCCUCUGGAUCCCAGGAUCGCACUGCUAAGCUUUACGAGGUAGAGUAUUUGAGCAAUGGAAAAACUUCUCCGCGUGGGGAAAUUAAACUUCUUGGUACAUUCAAGGGUCACAAGCGAGGUGUAUGGAAUGUGAGGUUUGGGAAGACGGAGCGGGUUUUGGCAACUGGAAGUGGGGAUAAGACUGUGAAGUUAUGGGAUUUGGAGAACUUUUCGUGUCUUAAAACUUUCGAGGGUCACACGAACUCAGUUCUUCGAGUGGAUUUCAUCAAUGCGGGAAUGCAACUGGUGAGCACUGCAUCAGAUGGACUGGUUAAAUUGUGGAACAUUCGGGAUGAACAAGAUGUCGCAACUAUGGAUAAUCACGAAGAUAAGGUUUGGGCAUUGGCUAUUAGUGCUGAUGAACGAAUAAUUGUUUCUGGUGCUGCGGACUCGGUUGUCACGUUCUGGGAGGACUGCACAGAGACACAAGAACUAGAAAAAGAAGCAGAACGAACAGAACUGGUAUUGAAAGAACAAAACUUCAUGAAUUAUCUGGCUGUUCGUGAUUACCGCAGGGCUAUCCAACUGGCUCUUGCGAUGGAGCAGCCAGGGAGGCUUCUUGUUCUAUUUAGAGUAAUACAAUCUUCUUCACAGACCCAAGAAGUAAACCAGUCGGUGACAGGCCAUCCAACGGUAGACGAAAUUAUUCGAACUAUAUCUGACUCCGAACUUGCGCGGUUAAUUCGACAUGUUCGUACUUGGAACGCGAACGCCAAGACGAGUGUAGUGGCGCAGGAAGUCCUGAAUGCAAUUUUGAAGCUGCGUUCGGUGGGCGAUUUCAUCCAUGCGCUUGCUAACGAAACUGGCGAAAAGGCAUUCAUGAAGUUCGACCGAGGGACUGAUCGUCACGAUGGUUUACCAACGGGAACAGGCACGACUGCUUUGAAAGACAUGGUUGAUAUAUUGAUUCCGUACACUGAACGUCAUCUGUCUAGAAUGGAUCGUCUAAUACAGGAGAGUUUCGUGCUGGAUUAUUUAGUGGGUGAGAUGGAUGGGGGGCUAUUUGACGAACAAACCAUAGGUGGAGAUAUCACGAUGGAUAUUAAGAAGGCUGUGGAGUUGGAGCACUCCUUGUAGGUUUACUAAAUAUACAAAAAGUAAUAUAUCACAAGUAAGCCACCAGGCGAAAGUCAUCUUGCUAAGAGACAAAAAUUGUAACGCGCCCUAAGCGACAGCCCUGCACUCCAUUGAAAAGUAAAACCCAUUCGUCUUGCUUAACACCAUCUCUAGAUAAUUCAUGUUCCUGUGCCUCGCUGAUCCGGCCUUGUUCAAGCAGCCAGCGUCGCAAGACACCUGGAAGACAGCCGGUGGACAUAGGCGGCGUCACCCACUGCGAAGAACGAUAGAAAGCGACGUUAUAUAUAGAUGCUUCUGUCACAUCGUUUUGCGAAUUGAACAGGAGAACAUCGUCUGGAGGAUAAUGUUGAGUGUGGCGGGUGAUGGAGGGCGACGAUACUCCGGCUCUGGAGCGAGCAUCGUCGUAUACUUUUCUGGUGGUGGUUUUAGUGGAUGUAAAGACAGAGCUUGGCGUGGACUGAGAGUCGAGUUGAAUGUGAAAGACGGGGACGAAGAGCGUCGGGGCAUCAGUGAGGGGGUUGAAGAAAGUGGGGGCCGUUGGAUCUGAUGAAAGGGGAGCAAUGGGGGCAACUGCUGCGGAUAGAUCGCCUGUCUGCGUGAGGACGAGACGGACCUUGACGAUAGUGAGAAAGCGAUGAAAGUGGAACAAAAAAGAGCAGAAAAGGCUCUACCUUGAGGGCGAACGGUGGUGAUUUAUCGCCGUAUUCCUGGACAGCUUUAUCGCAGACGGACUUUAGAUAAAGCGGGGUGAGGGGUUGUACGUCGCCCCAGCCAUGGAUGCGUGCAGCAUCUGCAAGACGGUCUGAGUGGUAUGAAAGUAAGAGAUAUGGGGAUGGAUUUCCGGCAUUAUCAUUGUUCCAUUUGAGAGACUGCAGAUAUGGAUCGUAUCUGGUACACGACAAU